AUGACAUUUGAAGAAUUCACUCAGAAGGUCUUAGAAAAAUUCGACAUUUCCCUUCAUGUGAUGAGGAUGCACUACACCCUCAAGUUUAACCCUAGAGUCAUCCAAGAUUUAGAAGAUGAGGAUGACUUGGAUAACGUGGUUUCCCACAGUGAUGACUUUGCAAAUGUGUACAUAGUCGAGUCACCCGGUGUGGAAGCCAUAGAGGCAAAUAUACCGAAUACACAGUUGGCACUUGGAGGUCCACAUCCUACGUUUCCUUCGUCUAAUGCAUCAUGCGAUGCAAAUCCUAAUACUAUGAUGUUAUUAAGAGGUUUUGCAUCGCGUUGUGCAGAUACUGAGUACACCCUUUUGGAAUCGAAUCGGUUUCGUGAGGCAAUAUUAGGUUCCGGACAUACAUUUAAGAAUGCAGAUGAGUUUCGGAAUGCAAUAUACCAAAUGUCAUUAGCUGGAAGGUUUCAAUACAAGUACAAGAAAAAUUCACCUACACAUAUGUCAGUAAAGUGUUCGGUUGAGGAUUGUCCUUGGAAGAUAACAACUCAUGCUGUUGAAGGAAAUGAAAUAUUGCGAGUUUAUACUUACCAAGUUAAUCAUAAUCAUAUAGCUCAAGAUGAGUGUUCAUCUAAGGUACGGGUUUCUUCCAAGAGAGGUGCUGUUGUUGUUGAAGACGUGUUUAGAACAACUCUAGAAUACCUUCCUCGACAAAUUUGCAAGGAUUUUGAACGUGAUCAUGGAGUUCAAUUGACUUAUAACCAAGCAUGGCAUCUUAAAGAGAAGGCAAAAGAGCGUGUAUAUGGAUCUCCACGUGCGUCCUACGCGUAUUUGCCUUGGUUAUGCCAUAGGCUAAGGGAAAUUAACCCUGGAACUAUUGCCGAGUACACUUCUCAUGAAGGUCACUUCAAGCAAUUGUUCAUUGCCCACGCAUUUUCAAUUCAAGGGUUCACCAUGGGGUGUCGACCGAUAUUGGCUAUUGAUUCUUGCCACCUAAGUGGUCCAUACAAAGGAGCUCUUUUGUCUGCCAUUGCAUAUGAUGCAGAUGAUGGAAUGUUCCCUCUAGCCUUGGGUGUGGUUGGUUCAGAAAAUUAUGAGGAUUGGUAUUGGUUCUUGGAGAAAUUGAAGGGGAUCCUAGAUGGUCAAGAAAAAUAUCCAAUCAUGGAUGUGGCUCCUGAGGUGGAGGAGGUGAUAUGUCCAGGUGAUGGUGGAUUUGAGAGAGCAUGGCGGAGUGCUGGAAAUUUCGCAAGGUGA